UCAUCUUUCGCUGAAAACCACAACAGUGAUUAAAAAUGUGAUCGUUUACUGCUGCUGUCAUUUGCUGCUUUUAGAUUUAGUGUUUGUUCCACUGUUGCGAGCGAACUGAUGACGCAACCUGAUGUUCUCGGGUCACGGCAGAACAGAUCCAGUGCGACUGUUCCGAAGUUACAAACAAUUUAUACAAUAGCACUUCAUUACACAAUACCAAUUUUACAUGAUGAGGAUUCUACAGUUUCUGCUCACCGUGUUGAUGUUUCACCUUCAUCUGUGACACCAGUGUGUUUUCUUUUCGUGCGCUCGUGCAUCACUCUGGUACUUUCAUGCCACACGUGCUCCGUUUUGCAUUACUACCAGGUAAAUGUUUCUUUUUUCCGUUCAUUAUAAAAUGCUCCCAUGAUAGUGUAUCAUAUAGUCUUAUAGCCUUUCGGGUGAUAUUGUCCAUAUUUUAUCCAUUUAAUGUAUGUCAAUUAGAAAUAAAUUAUACAGAUUUCUGUCAUUAACAUCAAUUUCAUUCUUUGCACUGGCCCGAAGCAUACCGCAUUUGGGUUGGAUGCAUAAUUUAACUUUAAUUGAAAAAUCUUCGUGUCUGUUAUUGCAGUUGAAAUGCCCUAGGUGGAGCUGUUGUAGGGAAGGAAAUAAUCAUGUGACAAGCUGAUCAUGAUCAUAUGGCAAGCUCAUGUUUCAGAAUAAAGUGUAAGGAUGUGGUACCAGAUCCGUGAAUAUGAAGACAAGGACUACUCUUCUGUGAGGGAAUUAUACUCCACAAACUUUCGAGAACAUAAAGGGGCUGUGUGUAUCUUGACCCUGAAACAGCUCUGGGUGCAAAGUUUACUGCUUGGACUCUUCAUCUUCUUCUUCUUCAUGUUCGGCUCUCUUCUGGCCUCUAUACUGUGCCUCAGUGGCGUUCUGCUGGCUGGCAGGUUUGCUGUUUUGUGUAUUUUUGAACAAGGAGUACAACUCGGCCUCAAUGAAGACCUGCGGGACAUUGGAGCAUCCUACAUGCAGCCAGGGCAGGUCAGCUGUUUUUGGGUAGCUGAGACUAAGGGCUGCUUAGUGGGAACUGUGGCAAUAUUACCCUGUGUGACCGAGCCUGGAGCAUGGGAGUUAAAACGCAUCUCUGUGAGACAGGAGUUCCGACAACGAGGUCUUGCUAAAGCACUUUGUCAGAAGGCUCUACAGUUUGUUGCCAGGCAUAAAGUCGAGAGGGUGGUGUUAUUCACUUCUCUGGUGCAGUCAGAUGCUCAUAAACUUUACCACAGCCUGGGCUUCCACAAGGAGGAGGAGUUCGUUUGGCCAUCUAUUUAUGCCAGGCUUAUCAACUUCCUUGUGUUUAAAUAUACGUGUAGUUACAUCUGAUUAGUACUGAAUAAUGUAAAUUAUAUAUAUAUAUAUAUAUAUAUAUAUAUAUAUAUAUAUAUAUAUA